CCUGCCAUUCAUAAGUCAGUAUCCAGGGCCAUUGAUCAGCUACUUUGCUUGAGUUACAGAUUUCCCCCCAAAAGCAUUAAAAUAUAAAUCCUUGUGCUUUCAUCUGAAACCAUGAAGAGUAUAUUUCAAUUACGUUUCUGUAUUGAGGUGAAGAAGGAAAAGAGGCCUAAAGAGAGGGCAGGCCAGCAGUGGUGUGUUGUCUCUCAUCUGUCCGGUUCUGUUCCCUUCGGAGACCCUGGGUCGUCUUAUCAGGCCCUGACCCUGUGCAGUUUGCACCUCUGGGCCCUCUCAGGUUUAUGCAUGAUUAUACUUUUGUUAACCAUGACGUUGAGAUGGAGCAGAAAGAGAAAGAUGAUUAACUUGGAAAUCUCGACUAGAGUUCGUGACUGUGUCUCUGAGACCUGCCCCACCUGUGUUCUUAGAUGCUACAAUUUGUGGCAGGGCAGAUGUAACUUGACUUUGAGUUUACAGAAAACUGUAGGACGGAAACCAUCCCCUUGAACCCUCUGCUCAGUAUAUCUGGGAGGUUCCUUUGGGCGCAGCCCACCUACUGGGGGCAAGUCUAUUCUAGGGUAGUUUGGGCAAGUCUGAGGGAAGAUGUUGUGAAUGCAGUAGUUUUGUUCUGCCAUGAUGGCUUCAGAGCCUGGCUGAGUGUAACUGUACUCUUGAAAGUUACUGCAGCCAGACUUCCUGGGGUCCUCUGGAUCCAAGAUGGCCCUUGUUAGACACGGGUGUGCACACGGAGGGCUACGUACGGCUCACCUUCUCCUGUGGCUGAGCGGAGCUGUGCUUGGGUUAGACUUGGUGAUGCUGACACUGCUGGUUGGAAUAGCAUGGUGGAGGAGUGCCUGUUUGGGACUGGCUUUUUGGGUGAUUUGGGGGGAAGAUAGUCACUUUUAUGUGGCCUGAUCUGUUAGCUUUAACAUAAUGAGACCUCUCUUGGCCUGUUUAGGAAAGGUUUUCCAAUUCUUCAGCGAAAUAGAACUCAGUAUCUUUCUGAUUCCUGGCUUUCUCCCUCUAGUUGAACUGAGCCUUCAGGGCUUGGUUCAGAUUUCUUUUGAAAUCAGUGAAACUCUUUAUUCCUAACAAUAAAAUUACUGCCUUUAUGAUUCUAAAGUUCCUUUUUAGUUAUGGUUUCUUUUUUCUGAUUUUCUUAAUAUUGCUAUUAGUUAAUUUUUAAAAUAUAUUUUUAGACUGAAGGCCUAUAAAAAUAAAACAAUUUAUUGUCUUUUAUUCCAUCAGUAAAUAUUUUUAAGAUUGUGCCACAAUGAAAUAUGUGAAAAUUAAAAAUUUUCUGAUCCUUGUUAUCCAAACACUUUAAAUUCAUCCCCUCAUGCUCUGUUAAAGAAAAAGAGGCAGAGGAGUUAAAACGAAGAUAAAUGUGUAAAGAAAAUCCGGCAUUUAAGUGCACAUUAUAAAUUAUAGGAAAAGGUGGCCUUUUGUCUUUAUUUUAGUGAAAUGCUUUUUACAAUACUAAUUUUCUCCUUUUCCCUGUGAUGGAUAGGAGGUUAAUUGAUGUUAAAUGGAUGCUUUGUUAAUCCUUCAUCAGCUACUAAAUUGGUAUGGGGGAGUCCAGGUCAAAACUACACAAGGCCAUGACCAGCUUGUUUUCCCAGGGAGGUUUAUGGAUUCCGCCUCCUCCCGGCUUUGGGAGGCACAGGGCUCUCUCCAGCUGUACGCACAGUCGCCUGCCUCCCCUCCCCCUGCUGCCCCUCCCCCUCAUCCUGCUCCCUCCCCCUGUCGAGUGACAGCUUGUGGAUGUUGCGUGCGAGUGAGCUCAGCUGGCUGUGUGGUCUGAGUGUGUGGUCUCCAGCUCCGCCGAGAGGCUGCGAACAGGGUGGAUGAGAGAGCAAUACUGUUUACUUUAAUUUAUUUCGGAUGCCGGAAUUGUGCCCAGAGUUUCCCCUAAGCUUGAUUCCGCAGCUCCAGCUUCAAUCCCUCACAGCUGGGGCGCAGCCUGAACCGCAUGGCGGCCGCCUCCCGGGAGGCGCUUUCCGUAGCGUCUGUCUGCUUGGUCCCUCGUGGUCAGAAAUGUUGAUGGCACUGCUGAGUGCAGUGCUUGUUUGGCUUUCACUAUGUCAAGAUAUAUGGCCUUGAAGAAAUUUCUUUUGAGAUAGGGCUAGAGAAGUAAAGCAGGAAUUAUAAGAUAAACGACAAAGUUGAUGUAUUUUUAGAAACUAGGAAAGCUGUUACCCAAAAUUUGGAUCACAUUAAUCCAACUCAGCUCAUGUAAAAGAAUCUGGAAGUUAGGUGACAUCUGUCAUGUUUAGCAAUUUUAAUAAAAUUAACCAAUUUAAACUGACAGUUGAUUCCUGACCUUUUUGGAAGAGCUGCAUUGACACUGGCACGCCAGGCCAGCGUACUGUAGUUAUUGUGUUUGUCAGCAGUGAGCUCUUCAGUUCAUGGUAAAGAGUUGACAAGUUGAGACAAAAGAAACUUUGUUUUUAUGUCAUAGUAUACAUUUAGGACAGUAUGCUUUUCGCUAAUUCUUUCAUUAUGAAUAGCUUAGUAAUGUUUUCUUGAUUUUGUUCCUCUUUCAUUCCUGAACAUUUUUGUGGAGGUGAUCAAAUAUUUUGUUAUUUGAAUAAACACAUCUAGACUGUUAAUAUCACUUAGGACUUUGCAUUGUUUAACUUCUUCACUUCCCUGUCUCCCUGGCGGUCCUGGCGGAGUGGAGUGGGUGUUAGCGAUUCCCUGUUAAACACACCUUGGGGGCGGCGAGUGUGUGGCUCCCUGUUGUGCUGUUUUUUGGGUGCUCUUCUUAACCCCGAGUUUCAGUACAGGAGCUGAUGCUGCAACCGCAGGAGGCAAAGCCUUCUCCCAUGCCCUGGCACCCCUUUCCUAACCCCCAUGGUUCCCUGUACCCUCGUCAGAUCUGGUACUGGAAGACUGCAGAGACUCAGGAGUGUUGGGCACUUAGCUUUUAUUGAACGUGUCACCCUGGGUGUCCUUUUCUGUUAUUAUUUGGGUUCCGUGUUUGUGGUGCUCUCAGGAGUUCUGAAGCAGGGUCUGUGUAUUCGCAGCGCUCCGCAGCCCUUACCUCUCUCUAACUCCGGGAGAAAACCCAGCCGCUACUGUGCUCUGUGUCUGAACUUUCCUGUAAGUAGAUUCAUACAUGCACCUUGUGGUCUUUUGUGACUAGGAGGACAAAAUAUGCGCAUCACAUUAGCUUAUUUUAUGACUCUCACCUAAGAAUUAUGUAGAAAAAAUUAUUGAUAGAUGAUGAUUAUGUUCAAGUAAUUGUAAAUACAAAUGAAUUUGUAUGAGAACUCUUUAAAAAGUUUGUGGGGAAAACUAUGCCUGGGUUUCACAAUUUUUGAACCAAAAUAAAAGUAUUUUAAAGAUUAUUUUUUAAUUAAAGGCAGAGAAACAUGGUGAGACCUCCCAUCUUCUGGUUUACUUCCAGUGCCUACGACACCAGGGCUGGGCUGGGUCAAGUCAGGAGCCUGGAGCGUGAGCCGUGGUGUGCUCCUGCGGAGGAGGACAAGCAUUGGGGAAUGGGAUUGGAAGCUGAGGAGCUGGGACUGGAGCAGUCACUUAGAUAGGGCUGUGAGUGUCCUAGGGGCGACUUAAGUCCCCAUGCCUAACACCUUCCCUUCAAAUAGUCUUCUUUUUCAGUUUCACUUUCUCUGUGAGCUUUUUCAGGCAUUCUUGUGUUUUGCAGACUUGGGACUAUUUAACAGGAACUGUGAAAUGCUCUCAGCUUGCAUCUGGGAGAAGUGCCCCCUGUGUCUUUCCUGCAGCAGUCAGUCAUUUAGGUGUCUGCUCGGAAGCUUUCUUGAGCUUCACCAACACGGAUCCGUCGUUUACAGUUGGAACUCCAAGCACUUGGACCCUGCCUGGGCUGGGUCCUUCCUGGAACAGAACUCCAAGCACUUGGACCCUGCCUGGGCUGGGUCCUUCCAUCCCGACCUGAGCUUGUAUUGGGCUGAAUCCUCCAGGACAGGACAGCGAGCGGGAAAAGGACUGGACGUCUGCUCUGUGGUGACCACAGUGGGGAUUAUGUUCAAGAACAGUUGACUCUUGCAAAGGCAGGAAAACGAGUACUUGUAGAACACAGUGCUUUGGCAACAUUUAUAAAACAGUAUUUCCAAAUACAUUUCUAUUGAAGAUAAGUUCUUUACAUUUUAAGAAAAAUGUUAGUAUUUAUCUGACUUUUCAUUUUUAGAGUUGAAAAGUUUAAAUCUUUUUGUAUUUUCCUAGUAUUGUGCUUUUCUCUUUUUCAUGUGGACUUGUUGAAUCAGAAAAUCAAACGUAACUAUUUUGGCCUUGUUUUUAUAGGAUGUUUGAAAAAUAAGUUUUUAUAAUAUCAAGAUUUAUGAGGAGGGUAAAAUUCAUUUGAAACAUUUAAAGAGUUUGAGAGAGAGGCAAGGCACAUCAAAGAUCUAGACCUACAAAUGAGAAUCUCUGGUUUUGAGGGCCUUCCGGUUAAAGAUCAACCUGUCGUCAGCCCAACUGACUGACCGAUAGAGGAGGAUUUGUUCUGCUCAGAUCGCUGGUUAAUUUGUAUUCAUUUAAAUAUUUUCUGUGGCGUGACCUGUAUUGAGGAUCCAGGUGCUGCGACAAGUUGAGUAACCUUUUAGGAUGUCAUUAAUAGAUUGUCAGUUUCUAGACUAGUUUUUGGUGGUUCCUGUUGUACCACAGAUUUAUCAGUUUCAAAAAUGGUGCCUGGGACACAGUACAGAAUCAAGACGUGGCACCUGAAAUAGAAGUCCAGCUGCCAUCUCGUGGCUUCUGAGAGCUGGAGCUUCCCGAGGCUGAGCGGUGUGGUUGAGGAGCUGCAGGCAGAGCCUUUGCAGAGAGCCCAUGCUGUCAUCUUUUUUGUUUACUUCCUACCUUUACUGUUGGGGUGGGGGAUAUUGUUAUUUGCUAUAAUCACUUUAUUUUAGGGAGGAAAAGAGGGGGAGAGAGAGAAACGAGAGAGUGCUCCCAUCCACUGGGUCACUCCCCAAGUGUUCUGAGCCAGGAGUUUGGAAUGUAGUGUGGGUCUCCGGUGUGAAUAGCAGAAACCCAAUUACUUGAACCCUCACCACUGCCUCUCAGAGUCAAGAGCAGGAUCCAGACAUGCAACCCAGCACUCCUGUGUGACAGCUCCCACUCUCUCAAGAUAACCGACUUGCAGAAGAGAUAAGCAGGUCUACCCCAAAAUCCUAUCAGGCAGAACUGCCAAGCAGCAGUGUCCUGUGGUCAGUGUCCCCAAGGAAGCUGUCUAUGGCCUUGACCCACAUCCAGCAGGACUGCUCCCCACAGUGCAGUCUAAGGCCUGCUUGUGUUUCUGAGUUAUGUACACUCUCAUUGCUGCAGGAAAAAGCAGUGUAGCAGUUGCAUUUAAAACCUCAAUUCUCCUGACCCUUCCUUUUCCACAAUUUUAUUUUGCUGAUAAUGUUGAAACCCUCUUGCAUCUUUCCCACCUUUUCUCUGUAGUAGUGCAAGCUUACAAGCCUGUAUAAAGGUAGGUUUUGUUCUAUUGUUCUUUUAAAUCAGAGCAUUGGUUGGAUCCUGAUUUUCACACAUUAGCUGUGUCACAAUUUUUGAGACAAUGUGCAAAAAUUGAACUUGGGCUAGAUACAGAGCCUUGUAGAGAUACAAGCUAAAAUAUUUGUACAUGAAAUGAUGUGAUGUCUGGGGUUUCUUUAAAGUUCUCCCUCAGAAACUAUAAAAGUGUUGAGGAGGAGUGUUUCAAACAGGAGACAAAAUAUUGAGGACAAGUGAUGGGACAGUGGGGGUUCCCUCUGAUUUUCUUUUGUGUAUGCUUAAGAUUUCCAUAAUAGAAAUCAAAAAGAAAUCUCACCAGGAGAUUCAGGGUAGUGUGUAUCUAGGCCUGGUUCUGAAUCCCAGUGUUGCUACUGAUUAGCUGUGACUUUGGACGAGCUGUUAAAUCUCUGAUAAUCUCAUUCUUGUUACUAAAACACCUAGCAUUCUAGCAUACUUCCUUCUAGGAACUUUGUACAUAUAGUAUAUUGGACUGUCUAUCUAAAUUCAUGUCUUUUUUAUUAAUUUGUUUUAAAUAUUCUCUCGGUCUUCUGUAUGUUUCCUGUUUCACUGGCUGCACAGUAUUUCCUUGCCUAGAUCAUUACAUUUUACACAACUCAUUUUCUAGUUGUUUCUGUGUUGUUUCCUUCAGGUUGAAAACAUUUUUCCAGUUAUGGGAAUCUUCAGGCCUACUGCCUAUCCUUAUGGUUUGGACUGUUUCGGUCACUGUCACCUUUCAAGUGUGUGCUUCAAGUCGUGUAGAAACAGUCCUAGGGGCUGACACAUUUUGCCAAGUUGCUGUGGUGGAAGGGUUUGUACCGUGGGGUAGGGGAGCCCUACAUGGGUUCGCUGGCCACAGGGGUCAUCCUUCCACCCAGUCCCACGUAGACCUUCCACCCUGACCGCUAUGAUGUACCUUUGCUGAAGGUGCUUCUAGGUUUCUUUGGUUUAAUUAAAAUUAUAUUUGUAUUUGACUUUUCAAAUAACCAAGAAUUUUUUAUUGACAUUUGAAGUAAAUAAGAGAGAAAAUGAAGCUGUGGAUUGUUACUGAGCCAUUUUUGGGAUUGGAGCUAAUAUGCUAGGAAACAAAGCAGUUGUUUGUUUGGGAUGGAGUAGGGCGUGCCCUUCCGUUGUCGGGACUGUGUCUGCUGGGCAGUGUCUGGGAUUUCCCCUCUUGUUUCGGCAGGUGGUGUUGUGGCUCUAAAGAAGGAGAUUCCCUGUUUGUUGCUGAGACCACCGUCCAGCCUGGCUCCUGGCAGCUAAUGGUUGCUGUACUGUGUCCAGCCCUCUCUGCCUUGCUUCUUAGGCGAAUUCCCUAAUCUCUCUCCAUUCUCUCUUAAAAUGUUUUCUUGCUGGAAACACUGUAAGGCCGUCCCCACCUAGUCUGCGGUGUGGCAGCAGUCUCUGGUCCACCUAGCCCACAGGCACCUAGAGUUGGUGUCGGAGUUUUAUAUUACUUUUUGUGUUGGGCAUCUUCGGUACGUGUGAAGUUAGCUGUUGUUACUUCUACUUAAUCUGAGACAGAUGAUACGAUUAAAGAGACCUGAAUAAAUCCUGUGGUGAGCAUGUGAUUUUAUGUCCUCUAACUCCUACCUGUGUCUUUUCUACCCGUUUUGUGUCUUAAAGUAGCGUGACAAGUGGGCUUGUCUGACAGAAGUGUGGUGUAUUGACAGCAGUGCUCUUGACCACACAUCAUUCAGUUUUCCUUGUACUGCUUCCAACUGUCGGCGGUGUCCGUAGUGCGUGGUCACACUGAAAAGCGGUCAGGGAGGGAAGCGCCUCUGGGACACGUCUCUGGUGCCCCUCCCUCUGAGGACAUCAUGAGGGGCCCAUGCUGUGUGUAGCGCGAAAAGCCACUACCUGUGCUGGCUGCUCCACUUCUGACCCAGAUCCCUGCUGAUACACCUGGGAAAGCAGUGGAAGACGGCCCAAGUGCUCAGGCCUCUGCACCCAUGUGGGAGACCCUGAAGAAGCUCCUGGCUCCUGACUUUGGACGGGCCCAGCUCUGGCCAGUAGGAGCCAUUUGGGGAGUGAACCAGCAGAUGGAAGACCUCUCUCUCUCCCCCUCUCUCUAUAACACUGCCAGCCCCUCCCAAAAAAGGACAGCAUGGUGUGUGUGUGUGUGUGUGUGCGCGUGUGCGUGCACAGGAUAGCCUCUGGAGCCAGAUUGGGUGGGAAUCCUGCUCUGCUGGUGGUUGGUUCUGGGGCACUGGGAAAAGUACUUCAUGGGCCAUCCUCAUACAGCAGUUACGGGGAUUAAAAGUCACUGCCUGCAAAGAACAUGGAAAAGGGCUCGCGUAUUAUAAGUGCUCGGUAGAUAUAGCAGUGCUGUUAUUGUUAACAUGUAAGAUAUGGGACUGGCGCCGUGGCUCACUUGGUUAAUCCUCUGCCUGAGGUGCCCAUAUGGGCUCCAUGUUCUAGUCCCGGCCGGUUGCUCCUCUUCCAGUCCAGCUCUCCGCUGUGGCCCGGGAGGGCAGUGGAGGAUGGCCCAAGUGCUUGGGCCCUGCACCCACGUGGGAGACCAGGAUAAGCACCUGGCUCCUGGCUUCGGAUCGGCGUAGCUCCGGCUGUAGCGGCCAUUUGGGGGGGUGAACCAACGGAAGGAAGACCUUUGUCUCUGUCUCUCUCACUGUCUAACUCUGUCAAAUAAAUAAAAAAUAAUAAUUGAAUACAAAAGCUAGCUUUAGAAGGAAUCUGACAUUAAUGAUGUGGGUACACUCAUUUAAAAAAAGUAAGAUACAUUAGCUGUUGAUUAAAGGUUAGUUACAAUAUGACAUUAUUUGUAUUGUUUCUUUUUUCUUUUUUUUCUUUUUUGACAGGGUGGACAGUGAGAGAGAGAGACAGAGAGAAAAGUCUUCCUUUUGCCGUUGGUUCACCCUCCAAUGGCCGCCACGGCCGGUGCGUUGCGGCCGACGCACCGUGCUGAUCCGAAGGCAGGAGCCAGGUGCUUCUCCUGGUCUCCCAUGGGGUGCAGGGCCCAAGCACUUGGGCCAUCCUCCACUGCCUUCCCAGGCCACAGCAGAGAGCUGGCCUGGAAGGGGGCAACCGGAACAGAAUCCGGCGCCCCGACUGGGACUAGAACCCGGUGUGCCGGCGCCGCUAGGUGGAGGAUUAGCCUGUUGAGCCGCAGCGCCUGCUGUAUUGUUUCUUAUUCUGUAUUGAAAAAUCUUAAGUAUUAAGGCUAGAGCUGUUAAGUUUUAGGAUUUUGGUAUUCAAAGAAGGCAAGAAAACCAAUUAAAGUAGAAAAGACUUUAUUUUAGUGGGGGGCAGAAAUGGGGAAGAGGUAAAGAGAGUAGGAGUUGAACCUACCAGAACAGAGGGCAGGGGUUUGAAGCCAGGCAGUCCCUUCUUAAGUAGCUUAUUGGGAGACGUACAGAGUGCCGCAUGGUUCCUGUUAAGGCUCUUUGGUGACGUUGUCAGUGCACUGAAGUAGGGGUUCAGAAUGUCGCAGGUGCAGGGCUUUCCUGAGCAGUCAGCGUUCCACUAGCCUUUAAAUUAUCUGCACCCCGUAUCAUAAGGCCUGGGGGUUCAGGCCCAGUGACCUAAUGGGUUCUGUCAGACCUCCGUGGCCCCAUAGGUUUUAACAAGAACCAUAUUUGUUGCUAAGUACAUACCUCAGAUGCUAACCUGUGUAGUGUGCAUGAAAAACUCAAGCCACUGUGUAAGGAGCCCAGGUCCCCAUACAGUGUAGUGUGGAAACUGCACUUGUCAGGGACUCUGUGGAGUUGGAGAGUUUGGAAGCAGCAGGUGGCGUGAGGCCCUCUCACUCUGAGUGGAGAACACUGGUCUCACGGACUCUGAAGAGUCAGGGUUCAGCCAUGCUGGAUCCUGCUGUCUGUGUCACUCACCUGCCUUGGGGAGAUGAUGAAGUAAUCCAACAACACUGCUGCUGUGGGCAGAGCCCCUGCAGUGCCCAAGAGUUUCUAAAUCUAAAUAUCCUUAAUAUCCUUUACUUUCUCUGCCUCUCCUCAAGACUUUUUUUUUUUUUUUUUUUUUUUGUGAAAAGAGGAUUGGGAUUGACUUUCUCUGUGGCCCAGAAAAGGACGGACCGGGAAAAUGCCAGCUGUUGCUGGUGGAGGACAGUGUGUUACAGCUCCCAGCAGGAGAGGCACGUUCAGCCCCGCUGGGGUAGGUCAGGCGACCAGGGAGAAAUCUUGGGCCAGAGCCUUUAGUGUGAUUUUCACAGGAAGGCAAGGAAUGGGCAUGGCGGCAUAGGCGAGCUGGCCAAGUUUAGGAUUGGAACUCUGAUCAUUUUGCAGGGCUGCAGGCUGUGGGGAUGCUCCUUACUUGGCUGAGGAGAGGGUGUCUGGGACUUGGAGCCUGAUUAAAGAGAGGGGACUCUGAACAGCUGGUUUGCAUAUCAAAGGUGUGCUCCCUGGCCAGUGCUCUGCUCUGAGAAGACCCUUAGAGGGCCAGUUCCUUCCUGCUCAGCCAGGCUUCAGGAAGUCACAACAUCAUAAAGCAAACAACCAAAAACACCCUGAACGCAUGAUUCACACAGGAGCCCAGACUUUGUACCACAACCUCAGGAGUUUGUAGCGGAGUGGCGCAAACAUCAGGCAGAGCAGUGAUUGUUACUACCAAUGAGAAAAGGCAGAAAUGUGACCUAGGGAAGAUUGUGGGGAAAGCGUGUGUGAGCUAAUUGCUUCUGCCAGUUAUAUUACAUUUCGCAGAUUUGCUUUCUCGUCACAAUGGACAGACUCAUUUUUGUUGUUAGGCUUUGAGAAAUGUUUGCAGUCGCAUUUUGUACAAGGUAAUUUUUUCUUUUUUCUUUUUUUUUUUUUUUUUUUUUUGAUAGAGUGGACAGUGAGAGAGAGAGACAGAGAGGAAGGUCUUCCUUUUUCCGUUGGUUCACUUGGCCAUGGCUGCUGCGGCCAGCGCACUGCGCUGAUCCGAAGGCAGGAGCCAGGUGCUUCUCCUGGUCUCCCAUGGGGUGCAGGGCCCAAGCACCUGGGCCAUCCUCCACUGCACUCCCGGGCCACAGCAGAGAGCUGGACAAGAAGAGGAGCAACCGGGACAGAAUCCGGCGUCCCGACCGGAACUAGAAUCCGGUGUGCUGGCGCUGCAGGCGGAGGAUUAGUCUAGUGAGCCGCGGCGCCAGCUGGUAAUUUUUUUCUUUUAACAGGAUAUGUGAACCCUCUGAGGAAACAUGGCCAAAAUGCUAGCUAGCUACAAGAAUAAAUAAAUGUCACUUCCAAAGCUAAACAAAUUAUAUAUUUUUAACAGAAUUAUUGAGGGAAAGGUAGUAAUCAUGUCAGCAAUCCUUAUCACUUAUUGGAACCACUUGUUCUAUAAUUAUUCUCACUUUAAAAAACUCAUUCUGAUCCUUGAAUUAUCUACUUAGUUAAUAGUGAUUCAAAUGUUGCUCACUGGAUGUGGCUUUGACAUUUUUGCUUAAGUUGUAACUCAGAGUUUGUUAGUUCUGUUAUUCUUUAAACCUGGUACAGUAAUAUAAAACUUGAUUCAAAGCAGUGAUAGCUCUUCAGUUUCCCAUUUUGCACUAUGGCGAGCUGCAGGAAGCCGUUCUUACCAGCAUUUGUAUAUACAUUGUUAGGUUGCCACACCUGUCUGGAACCUAGAAGGCUAAUACAGACGUCAGAAUGGCAAGCUUUGUUACUGUACAACACCCUGAACUAAUUGGAGGUGUUGCUGUGAGAACCCCUAGCCCAGGUGCACUCGCCCAACACGCAGAGAGCCAAUCACUGACAUUGAGGUGGUGGAAGACAGUAGGGAUUUAUUGCAAAGCACAGAGCAAAGAGCCAGGCAGCUAUUGCUUCAUUCCCAUCACAAGGAGUUAGGGGCGAGGGUUCUUAUAGGUGGAAAUCAGGGCGGAGGUGCGUGGUCAGCUCCUGCCCAGGUUCCUGAUUGGUCAGUGAUGCUCGUGACCUACCUUUGGUUGAUGAUGUGGGACUUCAGUGGAUCUUGGAGAGUGGGGAAUGUGUUACACACACGUGGUGGUUACCUUCUGCCCCAGACCUGGAAUUCCCCUAAACAGAGCCCUCUGGACAAUGCUGGCCAACGAGGUUUUAUCUGCAAUAGAAGCAAAUGACUUCUUGAGUCUGGUAUUAGAACCUUGUAGGGCCAACUGUGUCACACCCUCAAUUCAGCAAAUUCCCUUUGAUAAAGAUCAGGCACGGACACGUUAGGCUGAAGGAGACAGAUAACAGACUGUGUCCUGCCUUUCUGUUAGAGGGGUUUGUUUUCAGCUUCACACCUAGAAGCCUUCUUGGAGUCUGCUGGUGCUUCUUUUAGGUAGGGAUCAGAAAACAGACGGCUUUGUAAGGGUUGGAGUCUGGGCACAUGGCAUCUGUCACUAGGGAGGUGGUUUCUUCCUCUGUCAGAGGUGAGCAUAUAGGACAUGAUGCCAAGGUAGGUUAUGGUGGUGAAGCUGGGAGUUUGAGGGCAAGGGAAUCCUCCCUGGAAUUUGCCGGAUUCUGGGCCUCAUUCUCGUUCUUGCCCGUGGGAUGCCCUGGAAGUGGCGACUCAGUCUGACACGCAGAUCUCUGGGGCAUCUGUUCCUGGGGGCAGGCGCUUUCUCUGGGAGAUGACCCUUCUUCCUUCUCCAGGGGCGUUUGGGGUUGAUGAGGACAUGUUUGAGCAGCACAGUUGGGUGUGUGUAUGGUGUUCAUGUGUUUAGCGUCUUGGAGUGCACAGACCAUCCUCACACAAAGCACAGGCGUGUCCACACUGUGACUGCUGCGGCCAGGGAGAACCCCCAGCCUUGGAGGAGGAGGAGCACAGGGAGCUUGGGGUUGUUAGAAUUAUCAAACCAAGGCUUUGAAACAAUUAUGAUUGUGUACCAAAGGCAACAUGCAACAGAUGAGCUUUAUCAUCAAAGACAUGGAGACUUACAGAAAUAAAGAAGAACUGACAGAAAUGAAGAAUGCUUUUGACAGGCUCGUCAGUAGACAGGGCAUAACUGAGGAAGGAAUCAGCGAAUUAGAAAUGGCAAUGGUAACUUCAAAUGGAAAGAGAAGACUGAAGAAAGCAGGGUGAGAUAUCCAGGAGUUGUGGACAACCACAAAAAUGUACAUACAUAAUGGAACGUCAGGAGGAGAAGAGAGAAAGGAACAGAUGAAAUAUUUGAUGUAAUAAUGGCUGAAAGUUUUCUAGACUUAAAUGAUAGACACCAAACCACAGAUCUGGGAAGAGCACAGCAUCAGGCAAAUGUGAAAACAACAACAACAAUAAACAGAAACUAUACUUAGGCAUAUAGUAUUUAUACUGCAGAAAAAUUUAAGAGAAAAAGAAGUAGAAAGGAGCUGGGGCAUGGGGGAGUGGGAUGGGGAAGACCUCACUUAAAGAGUGACAAGGAUGAAAAUUUCAUCAGACGUCUCUUCAGAAACAGGCAAAUAAGUUAAAAGUCCACCAGCAUAGAAUUCCACAUGCAUGAAAUUAUCUUUGAAAGGCGAAGGAAAAACAAAGUCUUUCUCAGACAAAAUUGAGGGAAUUAAUUGCCCAUAGAUUGCCUUAAAUGUUAAAUUCUUUAGAGAGAAGGGAAUUGAUAGAGGUCAGAAAAUCAGACUUGUAUCAAGAAAGGCAGUGUUAAAGAAGGAAUAAAUGAAGAGUUUCUUAGGCUCCUUCUGUCCCACCUCCUGCCCAUACUGGCAUCAUGACCAGCACUCAGAACCCAGUCAUUGCCAAAUCCUAGAGACAAAGAGCACGAUGCAGUGUUGGCAUAGAAGACUUACAGCCACCGUCUUUACGUUUAGAAUAUAGCACAAUGAACUUAGUAGAUUCUGUGGCUCCUAGAAGGGAGGAAUCUACUCCUAAAAUUGGAUAUGAUAAAUAAGAAAUAAAAAUAUGAUGAAAGUAUCUUUCCUCCAACUCUGUAGUUGUAAUAAUUACCUUAUUUUUGAUUUAUACAACAGAACAUUUUCUCUUUUUUUUUUAAGAUUUAUUUAUUUUUUAUUUGAAAAGCAGAGUUACAGAGAGAGAUUUUCUGUCCGCUGGUUCACUUCCCAAAUGGCCUCAACAGCUGGAGUUGGGCUGGUCUGAAGCCAGGAGCCCGGAGUUUCUUCUGGGUCUCCUAUGUGGCUGCAGGGGCCCAAACAUUUGGCCAUCUUCUGCUGAUUUCCCAGGUGCAUUAACAAGGAACUGGAUUGGAAGUUGAGCAACUGGGACUCAAACCAGUCAGAUGGGAUGCUGGCACCACAGGCGGUGGCUUUACCCACUAUGCCACAGAGUAGGCCCCAGAACAGAGCUUUUCUUAAAAUAUUGUGCUGCCAGGUAAGUUGUGGCAUCAUUCUGUGACUACUCAAAUUAAAAAGAUGAAUAUUUUUAAAAAGAUUUAUUUAUUUAUUUGAGUGAGAGGGAGAGAGGGAAAAACACAAAGAGAGAGGGAGAGCUUACAUCUGUUGGUUCACCCCCCAAAUGGCUUAAAUGGACUAGGCUGUGCCAGACCAGGCCAAACCCAGGAGCCCCAAACCCUACUUGUGCCUCCCACAUGGAUGGCAGUGUGUUGGAAUGAUGAAGGUGAUCUUGGUUCUUACUCAAUCAAAAAAUAAUUUCCACAGGGACAGGGACUGCGACCAAAGCAAGAUUUACUGAAAGUGAGAAAGUGACUCCAAGGGAUGAGUUGCCCAAGAAGCUUGCCAGUGCUGGCUCUUUUUAUACACAAAGUGAUUGGCCCCUUUCUGAAACGCAGCCCUAGAUUCAGUCAAUCAGGGGAGGGGCAAAAAACAGGCAAUCAGAAGGCAAGGAUAGCAACCAAUCAGGACUAGAAUGACCAAUCAGAAGACUAGGAUAGCAACCAAUCAGAAGGCAGGGAUUGCAAUCCUGUCUAGCCUCAUGAUAAAACUAAAUGUGGUUAAGACUCCCCAAAUGGCCACAAUGGCUGUGACUGGGCCAGAUCAAAGCCAGGAGCUUCUUUAGGUCUCCCCUGUGGGUGGCCGGGGCCACUUGGGCCAUCUUCUGUUGCUUCCCCAAGCACAUUAGCAGGGAGUUGCAUUGGAAGUGAAGCAGAUGGGACUCGAACCAGCAUACAUAUGGGAUGCUGGUGCCACAGGUGGUGAUUUUACAUGCUGUACCACACUGCCAGCCCCAAUAUACUUGUCCUUAAGGAACAAAUAGACUAGUUGGAGAUUCGUUGGCGAGUGUUUAUUCAGCAUCUUUGGGUGCCUAGCACCAAGCAAGUAUUGAAGAAGUAGCCUUUUCCUCUCAUGUGUUGAAUGGUGGAGACAGGCUCAGAGGAGGAGCAACUCAUUCAGUAUGGAGAGGAGUGAUGUUAGAUCGGUGGGAUGUGAAAGGGAAGUUGAGUGAGAUCAGGCAAAAAAAAAAUAGUGGGGGGGCCGGUGCUGUGGCGUAGAGGGUAAAAAGCCGCUGCCUGCAGUGCCGGCAUCCCAUAUGGGCGCUGGUUCAUGUCCUGGCUGCUCCACUUCUGAUCCAGCUCUCUGCUGUGGCCUGGGAAAGCAGAGGAAGAUGGCCCAGGUCCUUGGGCCCCUGCACCCACGUGGAAGACCUGGAGGAAGCUCUUGUCUUCAGAUCGGUGCAGCUCUGGCUGUUGCAGCCAGUUGGGGAGUGAACCAGCAGAUGGAGGACUUUCUCUCUCUCUCCCUUUCUCUCUCCCUCCCUCUCCUUCUCUCUGUGUGCCUCUUAACUUUCAAAUAAAUAAAUAAAUCUUUAAAAAAAUUAGUGGAUUCUCCAGUGAAAUUAUAUUAUGUGUAUUAGCCAGCCACUUCUCCAAACUAGAUUCCAAAUGAGUUAAAUAAUGAAGUUACUAAGAACAUUACAUUGAGUACCUGACACAUGGAAAGCAUGACUGUAGAAGAACUGAAGAAAAGGUCAGUAGGUUGAAAUAAAAAGAUUGGGUAUCUCCUGAGGGCCGAGAGCACCAUAAACAAUGUGAAAAGCCAGAUGAUAAACGGGGCCGAUGCCUGAGGGACAGGGUUAAUGGUCUUUCUAGAGAUCAAGAAAUAACAGGGUUAACGGUCUUUCUGGAGAUCAAGAAAUACAAACCCGUAAAACAUGCUAAGAGUGUGAAAACGGAAUGCACACGGUCACAGUUAUUUUACUCCUAACAGAUUGCUACAGACAGAACAUUGUGGGUACCCGGUGCUGCUGGUGGGAAGGUGUGUCCAUAGCCCAGGUUGCUGGUGCAUACCAGGGUUUAAGUGUGCAUGCUUUACAAGCAAUUUCUCUUUAAAUUUAAUGCAAGGAAAUAGUUUAGUAAAUGUGCAAAAAUAUUUUGUACAAAAAUGCUCACUUAAAUGUCAAUUUUGGCAUCAUUAAAUGAUUAUGCUUCCACAUAGUAGAAAAUCAGGCAGCCAUGGGCUUGAUGUAGAUUUGUUUCACUGUCAUUGAGGAAAUGUCUGUAUUAUACUUUAUUUGUAAAGAUGAGGUGGCAAAAUAUGCCUAGUAUGUGGCAGUUUUAGAAAACUCACAUAACUACAUAUCUGCGUAGACGUCUCGGUCCAAGAGGGCAGUGUAGCUACGGAACGAGUGAAAAGGAGCUGGUUACUGAGCGCUGCUCUGUCUUCGUUGUUGUAACACCAGGAGUUUCUGCAGGGUAAGGCCUGUUGGGUGUCUGGCCAGAGGGGAACCCGUGACGCCUUUCCUUAGGCAGGAAGGGGCUCGCGGGUGGGCAGGCCCGGGAGCGAGCCCGUGGGCAGGCGGAACCCCGGGGCGGGCCCUGCGUGGGCCCGGGGCAGCCCGGAGGCUUUACAGCGGGGACCGGAAGUGCGUGGCCGGACGCGCCGUGCUCUGCGCGUGCGGCCGCCAUCGCAGCGCCAUGAAGUUUCGCGCCAAGAUCGAGAGGGGCUUCCUGGAGCGCUUCAUCCGCGUCCGCAGCACCUUAGCGAGGCUAGCCAAGGGCUCGGUGCUCCGCGUGAGCGCGCACGGGCUGCGCUUCGGCUCUGCGGGGCCGGCAGUCCCCGAGCCCAGGCUGUGGUGUGAGGUGCGGCCAGGCGCCUUCUCCCAGUUCCGCGUGGAAGUCUCCGAGGAGCGCGACGAGCUCUACCUGGCGCUGACGGCGGCGCACCUGUCCGCGGCCGUGCGGAGCGGGGGCGCCUCCUGCGUGAAGCUGCAGCUCACCCACAGCGGUGCACGGCCUGCGGUGAGGGUGCUCCCGCGGCGGGCCUGGGGCUGCCCCGCCUCGUGUGCCGGCCCCCGCCGUGCGCGUGCGCCUGCCGCCGCCAGGACGCUGAAGCGCAUCGUGGAGAGGAUGGCGGGCGUGGGCGAGCGCGUGCUGCUGGAGGCCUGCCCGCAGGGCCGCCUGCGCCUGAGCGUCGAGACGAGCCUGGUGUCCAUCAUCGAGAAUCUCGGGAGCCCCCCGGGGCCCUCGCGGCAGGGGUCUGCAGACCCAGACCCAGACCCAGACCCAGAGAGCGUGGCGCAGGUGCGCGUGGAUAACCGGAAGCGUCUGCAGUUUCUCGAGGCCCAGCAGAUGAAUCCCACAGCAGCGGUGUGCAGUGUUUUGAGAGAGACUCUUCUCCAUCUUGUUUUUCACGAAAUAUCUCUCGAGUAUUUCAUUCCGGCCUUAUGAAAAUCCAGCCAACUUGGAUUUUUGUUUUCAAAGCUGGAACCAGACCCUGAGUGACUUAAGUUGAGCUUCUGCACACCCCCUGACUUAUGCAGUCAGUAUUUUGUUGAACUUCUCCUCAUUUGGAAAAUUUAUGUUCUAAAAAAAAAUCAAUGGUGAGAUAGUUGGAUGGGUUAUCUUUUUAUUUAUUGAUAAGGUUUGUCAGUUAGAUGAUUUUCUUAUUCAUCUUUCAUUGGGAAAAAAGAGCACUGUUACAAAAUAAAAAAUAUUUAAAUCCUUAAACAAUGUGUCAGUAUUUUAUUAUAAAAUGGAACUGUUUAAAUGUGAAAUUUAUCCCUCUAAAAUAACUAUGGGCAUUUUCUUAGAGACUUCUUGAUUUAAGGAGCUCAGUUUAUCUGAAAGAUACAAGGUAUUCAUUUAGUAUUUGUAUGCAAUACAUAUUCUUUGUCAAGCUAUGUGUGAUUUUUCAGGAUAUAUCAGUGUGUGUAUGGUUUUAGAUUUGUCAUCUUCAGUUUGAAGUGGUUGCAUUUUGUUUGUCUUUUUUCAUAUGUAUCAAAUAUAAAAAAUUAUGAAAUGGUUAAAUUUAUGUGGUCAGAGAUACUGCUUGAAUAAAUUUUGGCAAGCCAGAUUUCUGGACUAUCAUCCUGCAUCCCCCUAACUCUCCAACCCCCAGUUUUCUGCUACUCUUGUUGAUAGAAAUAAGCAGGUGACAUAAAAUGAUGAAUGUUGGGUUUUUUCGGGGCAGAAUAUAGUGACCUGGGCCUGAGAGACACAGGCCAGAAGACUUAAUGAAUCUUGGAAAGUGUUGCAGAGUAGUCAGAUUUAGUCAUAAUGUAUGUGUUUUAUGACAGUAAGUUUUCAUUUAUCAUCACACAGUGAACGUAAGGUGGGCUUUAGGUAAGCGGGGAGGAUUUCUCAUAGGCUGGGUGUUGCUUUCGAAUACGAUUGUUUACAAAUCUUCAGGAUAACUGAAAAGAAGGCUACGAUGGAUUUUAAGGCGGACAUUUCUGGGAAUAGUUAAAGAAUGUGUAGAUACAGAACAAAGGAUUUCUUGAGAUUACUCCAGGUGGGUAAGAAAAAACAGACCUCGGUGCCAAUUACCCAAGUCAAAACUUCCAUGGUGGGAAAGAGGAAUAGCUCUGCCCAGACCUCAGACGGCUCUCAGUGAUUGUUUCUGCCGAAUGCUUUGCAGCCUUCUGCAGUCAGUUUGUUCUCUACUUAGAAAAUAAUUCUCCUUUUUGAGAAGGAGGAGGAGAGGUUAUAAAGUGCAGGUACAGUGGUUACAUUUUUAGGUUUUUUUUUUUUUUUUUUUUUUUGUAAUUCAUAUGAGCUCCCAUCCUCUGGAUUAACUACCCUGACACCUGCAUUGGCUGGGGGACUGGGUUGGGCUGAAGCUAACAGCCAUAAACUCAGUGCAGAUCUCCCUGAUGGUUAGCAGGCACACAAUUAUUUGGGCCAAUACUGCUGUGUCCCAUGAUUUACAUCAGAAGAAGCUAGACUUAGGAACUGGACUUGGUAUCCAACCCACACCCUUCCAUGUGGAAACCGUGUUUUAGCUAUGAAGCUAAAUGCUCACCUCUUUAAAGUUGUUUUUUUAUUGGCUGUGUAGUAACACAAGCUAUUAGCUUGGCGGGCUUUAUUUUUGUAUAUUCAGUAAAUUCCCAUGAUUAUAUUUGCAUAGUAAUGAGUCAUUUCCUAUGAUAUUUGGUGGUAAAACCGUUGUUUACUUUUUUUUUUUUAAGAUUUUUUUUAUUUAUUUGAAAGUUAGAGUUACAGUGAAAAGGGAAGAGACACACUGAAAAAUACCAUCUGCUGGUUCACUUCACAAAUGGCCACAGUGGCUAGGGCUAUGCCAAGCUGAAGCCAGGAGCCAGGAGCUUCACUGGGUCUACAGCGUGGGUGGCAGGGGCCCUGACACUUUGGCCAUCUUCCAUUGCUCUUCCCAGGUCAUUAGUGGGGAGCUGGAUCUGAGGUGGAGCAUCUGGGACACGAACUGGCUCCCAUAUGGGAUGCUGGCAUCGCAGAUGACAGCCUAACCCACUAAGCCACGGUGCCUGCCCCAUAUUUUGUUGAUUUCCAGAUUUCAUCUGUAGUGUUACAGAAACAACACUGAACCUAGGCAAGCUGCUUGGAUUUUCUGGCUCAUUAAGAUCUUUUUCAAUUUAAGUAGACUCUGAUAUAAUAUCAGGUUGUAACAUAGGAGGAUUUAGUAGUUGUUUUCAAAAGUAUUUCCAAAGUAGACUUAAAAUUAUUAAUAUGUAAAUGUUAGUGUUUAAGCUCUGUGAAACUACUGACUUACACAUGGAAGUAUACGAAUAUUUUGUUCAUGAAUAUUUUUGUGGUGCUUGUAAGGCUUUGAAAAAGACAUGUUUUUGUGAUGCUUAAAAACUUUCUUUGCUUUUAUCAGCAUCUUUGUAUACUUUAACUGCAAGAUAAAAUGCUAAAAAACUACUUUCAUUCAGUGAGGACAUGAUCUGCAGGUUUGUUUCUCUGCUGGAUACAGAAAUGUGCAAUUAUAUUUGUUUGGGGUACCUCUUAGCAACUUUUUAAAAGGUUUUCUAAUUAAGUGAGAAUUUUUAAGCAGAAUUUUUUUUACCUAUUUUAUUCUUUCUCCUAGUGUCUUUCUCUUUGUUUCUUCCUCUUUAUGUAUUUAUAAAACCUGGAGAAGAUGAAAAAUAUGGUUUUUGAACAUAAAUAUAUAGUUUAAUCUCUGGUGAAUUAUUGUUUUAUUUUCAAGAAAUUCAUUAACAAAAAGUAUUUGUGAAAAGUUUUUUUAAAAAGGUUUAUUUAUUAAUUUGAAAAUCAGAAUUAACAGAGAGAAAGAGAGGCGGGGUGUGGGGGGGGUCUUCCGUCCACUGGUUCACUCCCCAAUUGGCCGCAACAGCUGGAGCUGAGCUGAUCCAAAGCCAGGAACCAGGAGCUUCUUUCAGGUCUCCAAUGCGAGUGCAGGGGCCUAAGGACUUGGGCCAUCUUCUAUUGCUUUCCCAGGCCAUAGCAGAGAGCUAGAUCGGAAGUAGAGCAGCCGGGACUUGAACCGGUACCCAUAGAGGAUGCUGGCACUGCAACCGGCAGCUUUACCCGCUAUGCCACAGCGCUGGCCCUGGUGGAAAAUUUUAUAGCCUAAUCUUUAUACUCUAAUCUUGUAAAUGGAAGAAUUUUUUUUUUAAGUUUUAUUUAUUUUACUUGAAAGUCACAGUUACGCACAGAAGGAAAGGCAGAGAGAGAGCGAGAGGUCUUCCAUCUGCUGGUUCACUCCCCAGAUGGCCACAAUGGCCAGAGCUGUGCCAAUCCGAAGCCAGGAGUCAGGAGCCUCCUCCAGGUCUCCCAUAUGGGUGCAGGGGCCCAAGAACUUGGACUGUCUUCUACUGCUUUUCCAGGCCAUAGCAGAGAGCUGGAUCCAAAGUGGAGCAGCUGGGUCUCGAACCGGCGCCCAUAUGGGAUGCCGGCGCUGCAGGCCGCAGCUUUACCCACUACACCACCGCGCCAGUCCCCAAGAAUGUUUUUUAAAACAAUCUUUUUUUUUGUUUGUUUUUUAAAGAUUUAUUUAUUUAUUUGAAAGAGUUACAGAGAGGCAGAGGCAGAGAGAGGGAGAGAGGUCUUCAUCUAGUGUUCACUCCCCAAAUGGCCACAACUGCAGGAGUUGGGCCUGUCUAAAGCCAGGAGCUUCUUCCAUGUCUCUGACAUGGGCAUAGGGGCCCAAGGACUUGAUCCGUCCUCCACUGCUUUACCAGGCCACAGCAGAGAGCUGGAGCCAAAGUGGAGGAGCCGGGACCUGAACCAGUGUGCGUGUGGAAUGUGGGCACUGCAGGCGGUGGCCUCACCCACUGUGCCACAGCACCAGCCCCUGUUUGUAAAUUGAUCUGGGCUGGUCUCAUGGUAAAGUGAGUGAAUCCACUGCAUGUGAUGCCAGCUGCCUUUAUGAGAACACUGGGUUGAGUGCUGGGAAAGGAGCAGAAGGUAGUUCAAGUGUUUGGGCCGCUGUCAGCCACGUGGGGACCCAGAUGGACUUCUGGCUCCUGGCUUUAGCUUGGCAGCCCUGGCCAUUACAGCCUUUUGUGUAGUGAACCAGCGGAUGGAAGAUCUCUCUCCGUCUCUCAAUCCCUCUUUAGUCUGUUUCACUCGGCCUUUCAAAUAAAAUUAAUACAUUUUUAGAGAAGUGGAUUUCCUUGUAUUUGAAAUAGAGAGCAACAGAGAGAAAGAUGGACAAAGAGAGAGCGAUCUUCCAUUCUCUUGUUCACUCAACUGUCCAUAAAAACCAGGGCUGGACGGCCAAAGCUAGGAGCUCAGAACUCAGUCCAGGUCUCCCACAUGGGUGGCAGGGACCUAAGUACUUGAGCCAUCAGCUGUCGCUUCCCGGGGUGCACAUUAGCAGGCUGCUGGGUUGGAAGCCGGUAGCCGGGACUCCAUCCAGGCACUCUGCUGUGGGAGGAGGAUGUCCCGAGCAGUGACAGCUGCUGAGCCAACACCCACCCUGUGAUUUAGUUCUCUAUUUAGGUUAUUCAUCAACCUGCAGAGAUAAGUGGAUAUUAAAGAAAAAUCAGUAGACCACCUAAAUGUCUUAAAAUUUAGGUCCUUCUACUGAUAACAGUAAAAGACUUUUAUGAUAAACACGGACAUUUUAAAAUGAACAGCACACUCUGACUAUAGUUUUUAGUUUAAUUGUGAAAUGCAAGGGAGUACCAGUUUUACUGUUGGAACCCAGUCUGUAAAUUAUUCAUUUGUGUUAAAUCUUUGAUCUUGUUCUAUCAAGUCUUACUAAACAGACUUACAGAUUGGAUACACUUUUUUUUUUUUU